AUGGUAGUCAAGGACAUCGAGCGACAGGAGACGCUACGGGCGCAUUUCGCCUCGGCCUCGCCAUGGCGACCCAUCAUGACAUCGCUGAACGGUGACAACUCAUGGCUGCUAUCUUUCCCCCGCCCAGAGCCAGAGCGUGCAUCGACCGGGAAAUGUUACUAUCAUAUUCUGUUCGAACCCUGGCUCAAUGGACCUACGAGCCUUUUCAGCUCUUGGUUCAUUCACCUCGCUCACCCUCAAUCACCAGCAUUUGCAGGUCCCGAAACCGUGAAUGCUUGGGUGCGUCAGAUCGAGACUGAGGCGGCCGCUGUUGCUGGCCUCUCUAAGCAGGCAGGAAGCAAAAACGGAGGUGAAAAGGAAAGGCCCGAAGUCGACGCCAUCCUCCUAGGCUUCCAUUACCUAGACCAUUUGCAUCAGCCGACGCUUCUCCAGUUCGACCCGAGGAUCCCCGUUAUCGCGACGCCCGAAGCCAGGGCAGUCCUCGAGCCCUGGGACCAUUUCAAAACUGUACUGACAAUCCCGAGCCUUGACCCCAUGGCCAAGUCCUGGAGGUCAGACGCAGCUCACCCCGGAGAUCCGUUUCCAUCGUGGCUCGCACCAGUUCGUCUCUUGGGCCACCACGAGCUCAACUACGUCACGGCGCUUGUCUGGACGCAUGCGACCAGCGAUGGCGGCGACGUACACGAAGCGAUCCUGCAAACCCCGCACGGUACGAAGCUGGACGUCGGACCGCUCCAGGCCUUCCUCGACUCAGAACCUAGGGCGGAAAACCUGGCGCUCCUUCAUGGGCUCAAGGAGAGUCGGGCGAUGGGGAGCAUGAACACCUUCGGGGCCGCGGGUGGACUAGCACUGUACCGCAAGAUCGGCGGAGCCAAAUACUGGUUACAGACUCACCAUGCAGCCCUCGUGUAUUCGGGCAUCAUGAUGCGCCUUUUGUGGGUUCAUGAUACGCCGAAGACGAUUCAAUGGGCGUUGGAAAAGGAGGCACAGGAAUCGGGCAACGACGUGGAACAUAAGGGCGGGAGGCCAAAUGUCAUCGAAGUGGAUAAUGGAGGUUGUUUCGUGCUGGCGUAG